AUGAACCGAUCAAUGAUCAGCAUCAGCAGCAACCAUCGGACCACGUCCCCGCGGAUGUCGGACAUGCUGGCCCGGAUCAACCAGCUGGAGGCCGAAAUGAAGUCGGAAAUUGCGCAGUGCCGCCGGCAGUUGACCACCACUGUCCCACCGAAGGUGGUUCGGAGUUCAUCGGCGAAGUUGACGCGGGCACGAUCGCUGGACGGCGUCAUCGGGGCGGUGGAGGCAAAUGUCAGCGGAUUUGCGGCCAUUCCGGAGGAGCUGCUGUGGAAGAUUUGUCGCGACUUGAACGCGUUUCAGCUGUGCCAAGCCCGGUUGAUCUGCCGACGGUGGAAUCGGAUCAUCGGGACGAGCUCGCUGAUGGACAAGCUGAAGGUGCGGCUGCCUGGGGGGUGCAUUCUGAAGAGUAACUGCGAGGAGCUGGGGGUUUUGGGUGGGUCGAGGUAUACGCGGGUUGUGCUGGAUCGGUGUAUGAUCUUGAAGCCGGCUGGGUGGUGGCCAUUGGUUUCCGGAGGGCUUCACACGCUGAACUUGAUCUACUGCAACGUUUCGACGGAGGAGCUGUUUGAAAUGCUGAAGCUGACGCCGAAUUUGAGGAACUUGACGAUCGGCGUCCAUUUUGGUUCCAACGUUCCCGAGGUGAACUUCCAGCUUGUUGCGUUGAAGAAGUUGAACAUCCAGAGCAUUAUCGAGCCGGAGUCGUACGAGAUAUUCAAGAACGUGUGUCCCGGGCUUAGGACGCUAGCUCUGCCGCACGUCGAUAAGGACUCCAGCUUGAAAGUGUUGGAGUUUAUUCGAUCGGUGGGGAAGACGCUGGAGAACCUCUCGGUGCAAGGUGGAGACGACAAGUUUUGGACGAACUUGCCGGAAGAGUUUGAGAAGGUUCGGUUGAAACGGUUCACCUGCGGGAUCAAAGACUCGAAAAUGCUUGAAAAGCUGCUUCAAACACAGCCUUCCAUCGAAGAACUCAUCCUUACCGGGGUGCACGAUGCGGAUCUUGAACUCGGCAAAACGUUACCAAAUUUGAAGCGGCUCGAAAUCUUGGUCAGAGAUACGCUAGAUGGCAAGCCUUUGCUGGAGAACCUGCAGCAGCUGGAACACUUGAAGUUGGAGAGCAUCGAGUUCAGCAAACCCGAACUGGUCGUGAACUGGUCCAAAGAUUUCCCCAACUUGAACUCCCUAAAACUAAAGUCGUUCGACGUAAAGGAUUGGAAAAAGUUCUUCGAGGACUGCCCACGAAUCAAGAAUCUCAACAGCUUGCAGUUGAUCUCGGUAGACGCUACCACCAAAAUCACCGACUUCAACCUGCCCAAACAAAACCUCAAAAACUUAAAAAUAUCCAACUGCAAAUUCCAAACUCAUUUCGUCAAACAACUGCUCAACCUGUACCCGGAUUUGGAAGAAGUCUCCCUCGAGCGCACCGCCGACAUCACCGACGCGGUCGUCCAAAAGCUGUGCCAAAACGCGAAACGACUGCGCUCCUUCUCCGUAACGACGUGCAAGAUCACGGAAAGCUCCGUCGAGCACCUCAUCGACCACUGCGGCGCGCUCGAGAAGGUACGCAUUUGGAACUGUGGCACCAUUCCGCACAACAGCUGGCAACGGCUGCGGAAGCACCGGAACGUCCAGGUGCAGUACAAAGUCUAG